UUGCUAUUUAUGUACUUAACAAGUAGUCUAAACAUAUGUUAACAUAUUAUAAAUUUGCCAAAUUAUUGACAAAUCGAAAAUAAAAAAUGAGUGAUACAUCAUACUAUGAGCCUACGUUUAGUGAAGACGAAAGAUAUGAAGCGAUGAUCAAAGAAAAAAGAAGGCUAAUCGAAAGAAAUACUUUUAUAAAAGAAGAAAAGCGUGUGCUGGAGUUCAAAAAAAUUGAAACCUAUUUGGAAAGACUUGAUUGUCCUGCUUUAACAUUUUUGGAGUUCAACAGCCUCAAAAUUAAAUUUUUUAUCUAUCCUUCAAAAUUAAAUGACUUCAUCAGCGAAAGAACACGUUUUUUUGCUUAUAUAAGGUUUAGUAGGCGAUACCAAAAAUGGAUUUUGAAGAAGUACUCGUUACCAAUGGGGAGGCACAAACAACAAAUUUUCGAUUUAUUUUAUGAUGGUAACAAAUUUGCUGUGACAGAUGAAUAUAUUUUGGAUUUGAUCACCAACAUCGACAAAAUUAUUCUGGAUUGGGCGGAACUUGAGAAAAAAUAUCGUGAAAGGAAAAUUGAAAGAUAUAGAAAUGGUGAAUUGUGUUACCUAGAUAUGGAUGACACUGAUGAGGAAUUAUUUUUGGACAUAAAUGAAACAAAGGAAAUAAUGGUUAAAAAAGAAUGUGUCUUGAGAAGAAUGAUGGUACCUGAAAACCUCGAUGAAUAGUGUUAUAUUAUAUAUUGUUAAAAGUGUUAUAUUAUGUAUUGUGUUAUAUUAUAUAUUAUUUAUUUAUUACUUACUAUAUACAGGGUGUUUCACAUUCGUGGUCCAUUGGAUGUUUCUUUGUUACUUUAAAUAAAACACUCCAUAUAUUUUGGCAUAUAUACUUAGGCAUUUAAUUAUAAUAAUUAUUAUUUGUACUAAAUAAAUAUAAUUUAUAUAAGUGCUUCCAAUAUAAGUGAUAUCAAACAGUAAAGCUGCUUAUUAAUAA